AUGGUGAAAGUGCGCGUGCGCUCCCGAGAGGAGCUGGCGAAGAUCGAGGAGAAGCUGUGCGAAGCGGUGCUCGAGACGCUGGACGCGGCGAAGCGAGACCCGGGAUGGGACCAGGCGCGCGCGAAAGCGCUGAAGCGACACCUGUACGCGAUGACGGAGCGCGUCCUGGGGAGCGUUCGGGCGAAUGUUUUGUGUGAAGGUGAUGGCGCGGAGGCGGGCGCGAGGAAGGUGAGCGAGAGUGAGAUUGCGGAUCCGGAGCUGGACGCGCUCGAGGCGGAGGUUGCGGAACUGAGCGCGCGCGUGGCGGAACAGCGCGCGACGGUUCCGGGUGAGGUGGCGAAGAAUUACGCGGAACGAUUGAUGGAACUUCGACCGGUGGAGAGCGCGGAGGGGGAGGAUGACGAUGCGGGAUCGAGCGGAGCCGAAGCGCGCGUGGACGGCGAGGCGAUGGAGGCGCUGCGCAAGGAGUUGGACGCGAAUCUGGCGCAGAUGCCCGAGCUUCAGGCUCGAUUACAGGAGGCUUUAUCAAAGCUCGGUAGGCUCAUGGGUGAAUUGGACCUUCAAAGACAGCGCGCGCCCCCGGGAACGAUCGAGAGAGCCAUCAACGCGCCCGCGGGCGGCGACACGCCGGCGACGGGAGAGCUUGCACCCGGCGGUGACGUCGCGACUCGCAGGCGAUUGGCGCACGAGUUGCAACCUAUACCCAUAAAGUGA